AUGCAAGAAAGAGGCGGGAACCAAAAUUUUUCUUCUGCUCCAGUAAAAGAAACUACAAGUAUAACUUCCAAAUAUUUUAGUAAUAGCAGCAGUAGUAUCACUGCUAAAACAAAAGUAACAGAAGAGGAGGAGGGUGAAGAGGAGGAAAAGAAGUUAUCACCAUCAAAAGUAAUAAAAAGUCAACUAACCGAAAAAAGAACGCGUAAACAUGUCACUAUAGAAAUUGAUAAUGUUGAUGAUCCUUCUGCGAUAACAUCAUCACCCAAGAAAAAGAGAAAUGUUGAUGGCAAUAAACUUUUUUCUAUGGUCAAUAAUCCACCUUUGAAUUGGGAGACUGUAUAUUCAUCCAUCAAAGAAUAUCGUAAAAACACCAUAGCACCUGUUGAUACAAUGGGUUGUAAUAAACUGGCAGAUGGUCCAAAUGAAAAAAUCACACCUCAAGUAUUUACUAAAUUAUCCUGUGAUAAUAGUAAUCUAUUAUUUAUCGAUAAUGGUUAA